CUUCAAUCAGAUUAAACGCUACUUUAUGGGCAUCAUCAAGCCACAGGUAGAGAAGCGGCUUCGCGUAGAUGACCAUGAUGAAGAUGAUAGACAGACAAUAACAAUAUGAUACUAAAUAUCUAUUUUGUUUUGACUAAGAAGGCAAACGCAAGAAAGAGCCUUCGCUGAAGAAGCAACCGGAGGACGACUCGACGACGACUAGUCUGCCAGGUGGAAACCACGCCCCAUCAUGGCGCUCUCACGCCGUCCAUCCCUCCUAGAAGCUCUUGGCGGCGAAGAAGUUGUCCCAUCCAAUCCACAACCGCCAAGGGAUGGACAGAAAUUCCCCGACACAGCAGCAUGGACUUUCACCAACAACAAGAGGCCUGGGCCAGGAGGAAGCAGGAUGCAAUUUCUUAAGGCUCAUCCUACUUAUCCAUCUUCGGAAGCAUUUGAAAGUUUGUUUGUAAAUGUGACUGUUUUGUGGUUCUCUUUAGAGACGAUCUCAACUUAGUCUAAGAUUCUCUUAACGGGCAAACGGUCUCAACAUGCAUUUCAAGAUGGAUAAGGGUAAGCUCUAAAUUUCCUCCAGGUGGUGGAGCUGGUCGUGCUGGAGGUGGAGGAGCUUUAGACUCUUCAAUGUCACUGCUUACGCAAUCAUCAGUAACUGGAGGUGGACAUGGGCCGGGAUCAAGUUUGAACAGCUCAAUCAUAUCGGUACCAGGAGGUGAUUUAGCAAGUAUGACUUUGACUGGUGCUGGUGGAUCGACAAAUAAUAAUUCUACGAGACGUCGAAGUAGUGGUAGUUUAGCAGGUGCUACUAGUGGAAAUCCGAUGAAUGUACAUCAACAGCAGGCUCAGUCGAUGCAGCCGCACGCCUCUAUCUUAGUGAACACGACCGCUGGUGGGAGCCAAUCUUCUACUAGUAAGACGGUCACAAUCGCUGAGGGACAUGCUGAGGACAUGCAAAAAAUGGGCAUCAAGGCUUCAGUCUCAACCAGUUUAAAACAAGGUGGAUUUCUAGUACAACAACCGCAACAACAACCUCAAGAUGCAAACUCAGCGAAUUCUACGAAGUAUAGCGAAGGUUUUCUUUUCACUCCACACGACCAAGACCUGGAAAGAUAUGUGGGAGCACCUGGGAGAGAGCCGAUGCAGGUGAGAUUCGAUCGACUUGAGUAGUUGUUUGAAUUCUAGACUAGUAAAUACUCGAACAAAACUAACUAGAAAUAUUAAGAUUGAAAACCGAGUAACAAAAACACUAGCCGAGAAGUAUUUGCGAUUAUUAUCUCGGCUGCUCGGUCAUUUCAGUUCUUUAUCGAAUUAUACCGUCGUCGAUGAUGUACUUAUAUAUAUACUUGAGUGUCACAACUAGUAACAACAUUCGUUGUUGGUGAUGUGAACUUCAUCUCCCACCACCUCUCCAGGUACCUCAAGCCUUCCAGGACGUCCCAACAAGCGCGUCUAGACCGUUUAGAAGGGGCUCUGCUCAAAUUCACCGCGACAUGGAGGCAGAACAGGCAGAGCAAGCCGACGCAGCAAAGAUGCUCACUGAGCACUCCAUUCUUCUAUUAAGGCUCGUCUUGGGUCGUCUCGUCUUGGGUCAUAUGCUUCUUCUUGUUGUAGCUUGAUGUUGUAGUUCACCUGGUGCUUUUUCUUCAGAGACGGACUACGUCUUUGCUUGCCGUCUAAUUCUGCCACGUCUUAAUUCGAAAAAGAGUGCAGAAAACAGUGUGCCCGGCCUCGCGCAGCCUAGUCACGGAGGUAACCUCCAUGGAAGAAGUAGUAACAAUGGAGGUAACAUCAAUGGAGGAGUCACGACCAGCAGCUCUUUUACGGUAGGUGGUUCGCGACCAUCUGAGCUAUACGGAUUCGCGAACACGUCUGAGCAGUUGCAGGAGACGGCAGUGUUUCGGAGUUCGGCGCGAAGUUCAGCGACCUCAGUGGACCAGAACAGUCAUACGUUUUUUAGUGGAGGAGGCAAUUAUUUUGGGACGACUGCUGGUUAUGAAGAUUAUGAAAAAGAAUAUUAUCAUCAACAUCUUCGUACUCCAGAACGAACCCGUUGUUCAUCAACAGAACAGAUGAAUAUGUAUGAUCAUCCACCUAAUAUUAUCGAAAGAGACACGAACACGUCUACGUCUACGUCUACUUCUUUUGCCACAUGACUUCUUCUAAUUUCCCUCCUCCGCAUCCUCCUACUCACCACCGGAAAUUGCUUCGAGUCGUGCAGCAAGUGGUCUUGAUUUUGGCGAAGUAGGUAUGAAAUUGCAGGAAGCGGUGUUGAGAGUGGUGGUGGAUGGGCUUUUGCACAUGAAAAAUAUGCAGCACGUGGAGUUCGUGGAUUGGGUUCGUUAAAUUAGAAGUAACUAGCUACCACAUUUUAUCUAAGUACCUUUACCAUCGAUCAGCAAAUUAGAAGUAACUACUUACUUACCACAUCGAGUUCGUGGAUUGGGUAUCUUAGGUGCGGUUCGUUAAAUUAGAAGUAACUACUUACUUACCACAUCGAGUUCGUGGAUUGGGUAUCUUAGGUGCGGUUCGUUAAAUUAGAAGUAACUAGCUACCACAUUUUAUCGAAGUACCUUUACCAUCGAUCAGCAAAUUAGAAGUAACUACUUACUUACCACAUUCUAUCUACCUUUUCCUUUAGUACCACGACUACCACAUUGUUCUAUCUACCUUUAGACCAUCAGCAACAUCACAACUAGUACAUCUUCUCUGCCUUUCUUCCCAAGAUCAAGAUUUUCGUGAAUUAUGCCCUAUCAUCACCAGGUAAAAGGAACGACCGCCACCCACACACGCUACAUACUGCGUGAGAUGGUGGAGAUACCAGUUAGACAGAUCAUGGAGCAAAUGGGAAGGGAAGCGGCCAGAAACGCAAAAACAGAGAACAAAGACUUGAGGCAAGCCGAAGCGGAAGAAGUAUUCUAACAUUUAUUUUUUAGAAGCGAGCAAGUAGUAGUAGAGGUUGAUUAUUCUCAUUUUCUUGUUGGAGUUAGUUCUGAAAUAAUCCUUGGAUGCACUCGACCCGCUCGGUCGUAUUAGAGAUAGAUGUCCCUCGACAUUAGUCUCUCACACUCUGACAGAUCUAACCAUCUAGGUUUACUGGUUCUAUCCUCCUCCGGCAUAGAACACUCAAGACGCCGAAUCUAGUGCACUAGCACUUACCCAUGUUCUAGGCAUAGCCUUAUAGAAAUAAUAGCUCAAUCCCUUGAAACUAAAAGUUGGUUGUGAGGAAAUGAUAUGAUGAAGGUCAAAUCCUCAAUCGGAGGUCCAUUUUGCCAAGUGUUCAAGUCUCAUUUGCCGUCGGUCCGAACGACCUCCUUUUUCCCUCGUGUCGACAUGAUAUCUAAACAAUUUGCGAAACGACUGUCAUUUACUCAUUUUGUCAUACAACAGCUCUCAUACUCAUUCUUGAUCUUGAAACUUUUUCUUGUUGCAUGCAUGCUACAAUUUUUGAACUGUAUUUUCAGUCGAAGGAAUUCGACUUGCAAGAAAGUCAAAACUUCAAUCUAGGAGAGGUGGAGACAUGCACUGAUAAAAACGAGGAUCAUAACUACAAAUCUCAACCUCAGGCCGCUCGCACUUUCGCUUCCCUCCGCAGCUACCUACUCGACAUAUCCCAUCUGAAGAACAUCACGCGAUCUGCUCAUCCCAACGCUGAUGAAAUCAAUGCGAAUGCUCUCAAGAGUUGUGAGGAUGUUCAGUUUUUUGAACCUUUGAGACAUCUGCCGGACUCAGCACAAGAGUUGUGUAGGGAAAUUGUCAGGGAGAAAGUCAUGGGAGUAGCAACGAAAUUGACGGAGCAGUACUGAGAUUCUUGUACUGGUGAUUGUUCCGCUCAGCACUUGGUGCUACCAUACACUUAAUUCAUAGUGGAAAAAAUCUAAAGUAGUUAGAGAUUCACGACUUGCACUUCUUAGAUGAAAUGAAAAAAAUUAAAAUUCAACAUCAUCAUCAGGUACAGCGAAAAACUCCGCACUCUCGAAGACAAGCUCUCUGCUGCUCGGAACAACCUAAACAUGCUUUCUGUGAGUCAAACUGGCAGCGUUGUUAAGGCUACCGCUCAAGCGUACAUCUCCCUGAGCGUCGUCAUUGAUUCAUCUCGGUACUACUUUAAUACUUGAAAAAGGGGCCAACACCAAGUAGGACGCACUCAGGGACGAUGCUUCUAGUUGUGCGGUAGCUCUAAUCUUGAUGGGGUAGGUGCUUUCGGUCAGAUUGCUGGAAUGGGGGCGCAGGCUCUGAUAGAUGGAUACGAAGCGAGGAUAGAAGUCCUCGAGUUGGAGUUGAACGAGAAGCAAGAGGCCUGGGCAGCGCGGGAACAAGAUCUCCUGGAGGAAAUGAAACAAGUGGGAGCAAAUGGAAAUGACCAAGCUAGAGCUGAGGUGGAGGCAUUGCUUAUGGUCGUUUAUUUGGUGGAUUUAUUUUUUAUACAUAGUUAUAGGAUACUCCUCCUGGACCGACGAGUGGGAGUGGGUAGUACAUUCAUUCAGAAUCGUAUUCGUAUUUGAAUUUGUUGUCUAUUGAAUUUAACGCGGCUAAGAUUUCAGCAACUUUUCUCCUCAUCCCCCCAUCCUCCCCAACCAUCCCCUUUCAUCUCCCAAAAUCGCAUUUCCGUUUUCGAGACGCAGAUUCAGGCGAACAGGGAUGAGAACAAACAGCUUUUGGGCAAACUCGAUUACAUGGAGGCGGAGCUGGAUGAGAAUAGAGCAUUGUUGGCUUCCAAAGACCAAGAAAUCGCUAGUGAGAAAGCGAAGGUGAUAGAGAAAGAACGGGAGAAAGAAUCCCUGCAAGCUGAAUUGGAGAAGGGAAAGAAAGAAAAGAGCAAGAAAGAACUGGAGAGAGAGGUGAAGGAGACGGAGGUAGUACGUCGGAGUUUCGUUAUAAUUGUGAUUUGUUUUGUGUAAAUCAUUUAAAUAUUUAUAUCUACUCACAAAUAAAAUCUGUCACCACAUCAUCCGCGACCACAGGUUUACCAAUCCCUUCUGACCCAUCCCCUGUGAACACAGGUCUAUCAAAACCUUCUUCGUGACUACGAUGCUCUCGAAGACGGCCAGAGGCGACUUAAGGAAAGCGUCGACGCAUUACGUGAAACCGAUAAGGAAAUGCGCGGUUUGACCGCUAAACAGGAGAUCGACUUUAUGAAAAGAAAAUCUGUUAUCAUUAUCAAGUUUCUUAAGUAGAAAAGUAUGAUAAUGAUAACAUAUUUUGGUUUCAUAGACUUGGAAAAACAGCGCAAGCAGAUUCAGUGGAUGCGAUUACAGCUAGACGACAGAGAAAAGGGAAAACAAGAGCUCGUCUCCAAGGUGGAAGAGCUACAGAGAGAAGUCAGGUGCUUGAAGAAUGGACGAUCUGCAGGAGAUGAUCCUAGUGCUACAGAGGAAAAUUUUUCGGGAGAAAGUGGUACUGGAAGUGGAGCAUCGUCCUCGUCGAACAACCUGUACGACAUCGAGUAUGACAAGGAGUUGGAGGCUGAAUUGCACAUCUGCAAGACCACAGAUAUGCAGAGGAGACGACAGCGCGAACUGAUCGGAGCACUGCAGGGCCAGAGGAAGGACGUCCAGAUUUUGCGAGAUGCUCUGGAUCAAGUCCAUAUACGAUUAAGGCUCAGAGUGAUUCAUUUUUUUCCACGGGUCAUCUUGCUUCUUCUGUUUGUUCCUUCUUCGGAUCAUUCUGAAGAAAUAGACAAAUGAAACAACGAUGAAAUGAACAACAAAGAUCAUAUGUUCUUUUGAGUUCUAAUACGAUUAGACGAAAGGGAAAGGAAAAUGCUUCACAUGAAGGACGCGAAGACUAGGUACAAGGAAAUCCUUCGCAGUAUAUGGCGUGAUGAGCAUUUCUAUUUGAUGAGGCGGCGCAGUAUUGCGAGUACUAGCGCCGGAAAACAAGGUAGUGCUAGUGCGGGUGAGGGGACAACUGCUGGGGGAACAACUAUUGCUGGAGGAGCAACAUCCUCUAGCUCGUCAUCUAGUAGCAACAUAGCGAAAGAGAAAGGAACUGGUGCUUCUAGUAAAAAUGGUGCUUCUUCUAAUGCGAAAGUUAGUUCUGCUGCAUCUGGAACAGCGCCAUCUUCAUCAACAACAACUGACUAUUUACAACUGAAUGAUGUUGAAUUUUCGGACUCCGAAAAUGAGCUCAACGAUGACGACCUAGACCAAACUCCUGCUUUGCAGGAUGCGAAGAAAUUGUUGGAGAUGAAGCAGAGGAUUGCUAGGAAGAACAGCAGCUGCGCUGUAAAAGGAGUAAGAAUUAUGGAAGGCACGAAGGCACCUACUUCUUCGCCAAUUAAACAACCCAGUACAACAACAACAGCAACAACUCGAACUCUAGAGCUAAGCUCCAGCUCUGACUUCCCACGCUACAGUGACGGCGCAGUUUUUUCGAGACUGUACACCGACUUCGUCACGCGACUAGACAGCAUGCGAGAAUAUCGAGAUGCUGUGUGCACUGCUAGAGAAGGUGUCAUGUUGAAGAUCUACGAAGCGCAGAAACGCAUUGUUGAUUUCUUAGAACCUCAUGGGCGAUUGUCAACACUGUCGGAUAGGACAUCUACAGCUGCUUACGCAGAAUCUCAAUAUGCAGGCUUCGGAGAUAGGGGGACCUUUGGAGGUGGCAGUGCUGGUGGACUGUUGAACACGACAAAAGGCGGCAUCGGUGGAGGACGAAACAGUCAGACUGGAGUUGGCGGGACUGAAUCUUAAGGCUCGACUUACAGGUCAUUUCUGCGUACUUACAAGCAAUUUCUUUCAUUUCCUUGUUUCUUUCUUGGGCUUCUUUCUAGGAUUCCUGGGAGAAAUGCAAGUACUUAGCAAGAAAUGUUGAAUUGUUUUGAGCUCUAAGAAUCGUACUUCGCCGAGUUCGUCACUCUCCUAAAAAAAGCUGAAGACCAAGAACUACAGAAGAAGGAGUCUAAACGACGUAGUAGUUACGGCCAAGUAGCAGGGAUAAACCAGAUUCUGUCGUCGAGUGCGAAUACAGGCGGAAACUUCGCAACUACUAUACCACAGGGCCCACCUCCGACGUAUGCGGUAGAACAGGUAGCACCAGGUCGAGUCAGUACGAUCUCGCGAGUCUCAAAAUCAGAAAUCGUUUUUCCUACGACUACAACCGCAAUCGGAGCUGCCAAUGCGAUGUUCACAUCUUCUUCCGGCGACCCUGUUCUUCAAGGACAACUUCUGCAACAGAGUGCUCUUUCCAACACGAUGCUAACAAGUGCCAUGAAGUCGAGCUACCCAAGUGCACCACCAGGGGUAGCAAGAAGAACGACACGCGACUCGCGACAGCACUCACUGCCGCAAAUUUUGCCGGCCAAUGGAGUGUCUUACCUGACGAGAAACAGCGGCGCGGCAAACAUCAGUCACAGUUGGAGUCAGCAAGAAUAGCAGCAAAGAUGAGAGAGGGAAAGCGUAAAAAAGAUAAACAUGAACACAUCGUAGCAAGAACGGGUAGUCUAUUGGUGCAGAUUUUUUCAUCUAAUUACGAUUACGAAGCAGUCCAGUGCAUAAAAUGAAUAAAAUGUCAACAAUCAUGUUCCUCGUGAAUUGUCUGUCAAAAAACAGAACUCCUGACAGUAUUUCUACCUACUUAUUCUUCUGAUGUCAUUGUUAAUUUAUCAUUCAACAUCAAAAUCUUCGAGUUACCCGUACGCGUGCACAUAAGUCGCACUUAAGAUAAAACACAAGUAGAUAGAAAACAUACACUUAUGUAUUAUAUAUAAAAAGAAGAUACGCUUACUUUUUGGCUAGGUUCAUCUUAUAACUGCGUGCUUUCGUACUGAAGCAAGUAAUGACCGUACUGGAUAAUCAGGAUUUUCUAUUUACGUAGCAAGUCUUUGUAUUUGUUUCUGCAACCGACACGGCGGGCGCCUACUUUUAUCUAGAUAGCGACCUUUCCGCUACGAUAGUGUGUUGCGAGACCCUUACGGUUGUAUCUAAAAAAAUGAACAAAUAAUAAGGCUUGCUGUCAUCCUCGUGAUGUUACACUUGUCAAAAAUCUCGUGUUGUAGUGAAAACGUACCAGCUAGAGGAGCAGCAUAGAAUGACUAAGAAGCAUGAUUAAUGAAGAUGAACGAAAAUGACAUGCUGAUGAUGAGACCAUUUCCCCCGGAUCCGUUGCCGUCACGACCCCGCUCCUCGACCUCAACAACAACAUAGUAACACCCAUACCCACGACUCAGCUAAUUCGUCGCCUUGAACACCAAUCUUGCCUUGAAGCCCAUGAUCCAGCUCCUCCUCGUCCUCGUGGUCCCCGAU